AUGCUCAGUCGAGCGUCGAGGCGCUUCUGCGCCUUCAACGCUCCCACGAUCAGGGUCCCUCAGAACCCCCCUUGUCGAUCAUUCUUCAGUGGCACACGUCCAUCAAUACGAAGCAGUAAUAAUAAGUACGACCGGCCACACGCGACACGGGUUUUCAUCGCAUAUCCUCGCACGCACGCCCGCUCAUUGACCUUCGUCCAGCGUUUCCGCCUGGGAUUCCGCGAAGCCUCGAAAGGGAUAUGGCGCAAGAACCCGAUCCUCUUCCCGCUGGCCAUCAUCUCGCUCAUUGGAACCAGCGCGCUGUUUGCAUAUAUUGUCUACGUCCAGAUCACGGAGGUGAACCCACAGUACCAGAAUUUCCCUCCCAAGGUCCGGCAAGCGCUGAAGGUGGCUAUCUACUACACGGAUGUCAAACUUAAACCUUCCACGGCGCUGAAAUUGUACAAGGAGGCGCUGCGGCUUGCCGCGGAGGAGGGAAUGCAUCCAUACUCGGAUGAAGUGUUGGGCAUCAAGCUUAAAGUCGCUGACAUGUUGGAGAAGGCUGGACUCAUCGAAAAGGCCGUCAAGGUUCUUGAGCAGACGAAGAAAGAAGCAUUGGCGUGGGUGGAGGAAGGCCGACGACGAAAAGAUUUGAAGGACCAGCAAGCCGCUGGCAAGACGGACUCGAUCGCCGUGACCGACCCUGACGCAUUGGAAGUGGAGCAGGCGGCAAAAGCGGCGGAAGAGGAUGAAGAGCGGCAGCGGAGCAAGGUAUUGAGAAAAGUGAUAGGGAUGGAGUUGGCGCUUGCGACGUUCUAUGACAGCGAGCAGAUACAAGACAAGAAGAAGGCGGAAGCGGCGCAGGUGGCGGCGGUCGAACUGUGUCUCAAGGAGAUGCAACGGCGGCAAGGCCUUGGUCUUCCCGUCGUGGUCGACGAGGCGGACGGGACGUGGCUGAGUUCGACGGAGGUUGCGAGCGUCAUGAACGAUCUGGGCCAGACGUACCUGCUGCGGGAGAAGGCGCAACUAGCGCUGCCGCUGUUCAUGCAGGCGCUUGCGAUGAUCCGGGAAGCGGAGGGGACGACGCCGACGUGCAAGCAAGUGGUGCUGCUGAGUCUCAUCGCAUCCUCGAUGUUCAACCACCCCCACAGGCUGGAGCUGCUGAAAGACUCCAAGAAGGGUACGGCGAAGCAGUCGCUCGAGCAGAUCAACGACGCGACCAGCCAGUGGGCGACGAAGACGCUCGAGGUCGCGGCCAGGGUGCAGCCACCAGUCCGGGACGAGAGCUGCGACAAGGGCUGCGCCUCGGCGGCCACCUACCUGGGCGACCUGGCGCAGUUGCGGCACCAGUGGGACGAGGCGAAGGGGCGAUAUCUCGAAGCAAAGAAAUUCGCCUUGGAGAGCGGGGAUGACGAAGCCAUUAAAGUGGCUAACGAUUCCUUGGCAAAGUUGGAGGAGGAUCGGAAGAAGCACGACAAGAAUUAA